AGCUGCCUCAGCACGCGGUCAGUCUUGGCCUCACUUUGAAGGAGUAAGGAGCUAUAUUUGAGGCGCUCCGAGGUGUAAAAUAUCCGUAAGACGAAACCAGGUGUUUAGGGCGACAUCACCGAAGAGGCCUGAGAGGGGAAACGUUUCAAGAACAGGGAAGGCGCUUGUGAUUUACACUUCACUAAACGUUUGUUGACGCAGUGUGUGACGUCACGGGUCUGCACCACCACAGCUGAUGCAGGGGUGUGACGUCAUUGGAAGUUCUCAGUAGCAGUUCACAGUUGACUACAAGUAAUUCACUACAACUUAGCCAGAUGUGACGAAGACAGAUAGAAUAUAAUCAACCAAUCGUACCCAUCACAGAAGCUGUCGUGUCCUGCUUCAAAUGUCUUCAGAUCCUGUAAUGGUAACCUGGCAUUUGCUUCUCUGACGCAACGCUGGACCUUGACCUCCUGUGAGGGAAGACGUGCAUCCUUCUCGGUCAAUGGGGGUAAAGUAACUUUUAUCCUGAGGGAUUUACAGGUGAUACGGAUUUGUCAAUCUGAAGGGCGCUUAUUACGUGUCUUGAAGGAGAUAGACGAGGCGGGCCCUCAUCGUCACCAACUCUUCAAGAGAGUCCUUCAGGUCCUCGCUAGUCACGGUGAGCCAACUGUUUUCCCCCGAGACGAGCUCUCUGCCCACACACACCCUUGCCGCCUCAGUCCCGCGGUGAAGGUCCAAGCAGACAGACGUGUCGUUAUUGGCCUCUUGCAUUGUCCACUGAAUCACUUUACAUACACGAGUUUCACGAUGGAUCUAGUCAACGUGUGUUCCGAAUAAGUAAUCCAGUCGUUCACUCAACGGAAGGUAGGGUGUAAGGGUUGUGUGCGUUAAAAAGACGAUCUGGAAACAUUUGUUUGCGUCAAGAGGGGUCUGGAAAUACCACUGUACGUCAAGAGGGUCUGGAAAUACCACUGUACGUCAAGAGGGUCUGGAAAUACCACUGUACGUCAAGAGGGUCUGGAAAUACCACUGUACAUCAAGAGGGGUCUGGAAAUACCACUGUACGUCAAGAGGGUCUGAAAAUACCACUGUACGUCAAGAGGGUCUGUAAAUACCACUGUAAGUCAAGAGGGUCUGAAAAUACCACUGUACGUCAAGAGGGUCUGGAAAUACCACUGUACGUCAAGAGGGUCUGGAAAUACCACUGUACGUCAAGAGGGUCUGGAAAUACCACUGUACGUCAAGAAGGGUCUGGAGUCAUUCUGAAAAGUAUUACCAGUCAGCGGGAAAACACGUACCUUGAACACACAAGUUGGUUCGAAGGCUAAACCAAGACGCCAGUAUCAGGCCCCCAGUUAAACGGAAGGUUGUGAUAACGAAGGUUGGAAGACCAGGAAGGAAUGAUGGCGGAGACGGAGACGGUGUCGCCGAGCCCUGAAGGAGAGUCUCUAGCGCCCUUCAGCAAUCUGAGUUCGAUCAUGACAGUGACUAGGUGCACACAGGAGGUCCUCGACUUCGAGCCCUCGUGUCUACAAUUUCUGGAAGCUCUGGGCGUGUCCGGAUGGGUGCUCCUGGCCCUGGCUACGGUGGCACUGCUGACUCUCCUGCUGCUCUACGCCGACACCGCUACCUACGUCCUUCGCUACUGUCCUACCAGACACAAGGAGACUACAGCUAUCGUCCUUACUGUAUACCCGGUCCUGGGCCUAUGCAGCUACCUUGGGCUGCUAUUCCAGAAGGCCAACCUGUUCCUUGAUUUGGCAGCCCAGCUCUGGUUUGCGCUCUGCAUGUGGCAGUUCCUCGAUCUCACGCUCUCCUACUUCGGCGGGGAGUCGCGCUUCGUGGCCAAGAUGAAGGGGGCGGUGCUGCCGUGGAAGGGUCCCCCGUGCUGCUGCUGGCCCUGCUGCAUCUGCCCCAAGUCAACAGUCAGCAAACGACAGAUUCGUUUCGUGAAGGUUCUGGUGAUCCAGCAUCCGUGGGUGCAGCUCGUCCUCUCCAUCUUCCAGAUUACCCUGUGGCUGGAGGGAUGGUACACCCACAUGGACAUGCGACCCAGCAGCGCCUCUCUCUACAUCUACCUCGUUUCCACCAUAUCUUUCUUCUUCGGGUUAUGGGCCUUCAUCGUUGGCUUCAAGGCCUCCCGCGUCCAGCUGCAGGAGUUUCACUACACGCCGAAGAUCGUGGCCUUCCAGCUGUGCCUAGUGUUCCUCCGCCUGCAGGCGAUUAUCGUUAACUCCAUCCUGGUGCCCAGCGGAGCGAUACCCUGCCUCCCGCCCAUCUCUCCCAGAGUCUUCGCUAACACAUUGCUCAACUCCCUCCUGCUGGGGCAGCUGGUGGUGCUGUCAGUGCUGGCCAGACACUUUUACAAGAUGCCCAUCCCGGAGGUCGUCACCCUCACCCACACCGACGAGCUUAAGGACGAACUCCUUCACAAGGCCGUCAACGGUAUCGGACCGAAGACUGGCGACGAUGGUACUCUACCAAUGAAGAACGGUCUCAUCCAGAGCCCCCCGUCGGACAAGGAGGACGCUGAGACGGGUCGCCUGAUGAACCCCACAGGAGACCUUGCAGCGUGAUCUCCACCUUCAGCCUCGGGGUACCGAAGACACACACAUACAUACACGAGCUCGUUCAUGACUUCAUCCGCGUAUAAACUACCCAAGUGGUCUUUCGUUCUUGGAGUCGUACCAGAAAACCACCCUCGAGAACCUAUGAAUCAAAUACCCAAGUUUAUUUA